UUUGUUGUUUAUAUUGCAGUUGAUUCUGAAUCGCGCUAGCGAUAGGAACUGCCUGAAAGCGGGAAAUAAUAUGAUCCCGCAAGUGCGUUAUUUCUAUUUAUUAUUGUUUAUAAUUAAGUGUCAUGGAUAUCAAACUUCGUGGAAUUCGGAUCGGAGACUUCAGAGAAUUCCACAAGAUGUGAUGGUCGAUGUGGUCAACAACUUGGCGUUGAAAUUACUAGCGAUCCACAAUGAAGGCAACGAUAACAACAUUGCAAUUUCACCAUAUGGUGCUGUAAGUGUUUUAGUAGCCCUCAAAGAAGGGCUUCGGGGGAAUGCGGCUUACGAGAUACAACAAGCAGCGAAUAUUCCCUCUGACCUUUCUGUUAUUCGGAUCGGAUUACGAGAUAUUCACAGACAUCUCAGAAGUUACUUUAUUCCGGAGGAAGGCUUCCUCUCUGGACUCACUCUAAGUCACGACAACGUAACUCUAAAUCGCGAAUAUGAAGAUAUUUUAAAAUUUUACGGCUUUGAUAUUAACAGUUUUAACAAUGCGGUUUUUGGUGAUUUAUUCACCACUACUGUCGCUACAACGACAACUGAGGAAGUUACCACAAGUACAACAAACAUGCCAACAACCACAACUGAAAACAUGGUUCCUAAAGAGGAAAUAACGACUCAGAAUGAUAGAUUGACCAGAUCAGAAGUAACUACAACGCCAACACCAAGUACAACAGAGAUGGUAAUGACCACAACUGUUGUACCAACAACUGAGAAUGUUGUAACUACGACAAAAUCACCCCCGACUACCACAACAGUUCUAACGACUCAAGUUUUUACAUCAAAUGUUGUCACAACAACGCAACAAGUAACAACAACCCCUGAAACAACUACGACUACAGAAAUUAAAUUAAAUGAUGAAACACCGGAAGUUACAACGACGGUAAAACCAACGUCUAUUGAAACAACUACAACUAACGAAUUUAAAUUAAACGAUGAAACACCCAAAAUUACAACAACGGUAAAACCAACAUCUACUGAAGCUAUCACAACUACUGAAUUUAAACUAAACGAUGAAACAGAAGAAGUGAUUAAUGAUAAUGUUACCACAGAAGCUGAACUAACUGAUACAAGUGCUACUGAAAAUGAUAGUUCAACCAAUGAAAUUCAGGACGAAACGACCGAAUAUUUAGCUGAAAACGAAACUAACGACACUUUGCACCGAAACACAAGGUCUGUUGUGGAUUACAUCAUAGCGAGAUAUUAUGACGACCAUACUAUUACACAAAGACCUCCGCCGUACAAUUCAGAAAAUGAUUUGUACUUUUUAAUUAACGGGAUGUACAAAGAAAGCAAUAUUAAUUACAUGACCUACGAUACGGUUUUACCGUUUCAUUAUAUCCCACAUUUGAAUACUUUAGCACUUCGAUUUCCUUUAGACAGUGCGAGAUAUUAUCUGCUGUUGCUUCUUCCGGAAAAUCCACAAAACAUUAACAAGCUGAUCUGUGAUUUAAGACUGAAUGGUAACUUAAAAUAUAUAAUAAAUAACUUAAGAUAUACUCAUGUGAAAGCGAUUAUUCCGAGCUUCAUGUUGAAAGGAUACGUUGUUUUGACACCGACGUUACAAAAGAUGGGUAUUCGGCAGGUGUUCGAGCCAAGACAGGCCGAUUUUUCCCAGAUGACCCCCGACCGGAACAUUUAUGUAACAAACAUCGAACAAGCCAUAACUGUGAACAUUCGAAAUUACGUCGAUCCAAUUACGAUGAAUAAUAAUCGUUAUCUGCAACGAAAUAAUCCGGUGCUCUUUCGAGCCGAUCAUCCGUUUCUUUACUUUGUCAUGGAUUCAGAAAUCGACGUUACACUGAUGAUGGGCAAAAUUGUAAAUCCACUUAACUCUAGGAUUAGGUAACACAAGUGGCUUGUAGUUGAGAAGUUUAUUUAAAAAUAGCUUAAUAAUGAAUAGUAGUUGUAACCUAAUUUAAUAAAUUAAUAAUAAACA